AUCAAAUCCAUGGGACAAGACACUGCUGGUUUUGCUGUACCGCCAUCUUUCGCAUAGGCGUGAUAUGACACACAUUUUCAAAAACCGCCUCACACAAAUGUAACAACACUGAGUUUGCUUGUUGUGAAGUUCUAUUUCUUUGAUUUGUUUAAAUAGUUUCAAUUUGCUUUGUAGAGUGCCACAUCAAUUUCUAUUGAUAGCUUCAUAUUUCUAGAUUUUUUAUUUUAGUAGGCUAUGCAGUGAAUACGUGCUAUUUAAUUUCUUUCAAAAAGAAAGAAAUGUAAAUUACGCGAAAAAGUAUAAGGUCACGCACAAACAAACUCUGAUUUGACCCUUCAAAGAGACACGUGCCUCAAGUGAGCGCUGCAAAUGAAUAUUUGCUUAAAGGGUUCGAACAGGGUCGCAAGACGAGCUCUAAUUGAAUUUAGCCGCAGUGUUUCUCGUUAGAAAAUAAUACCGUCCUGACGUGAAUUCCCGCUAUUCUCGACUAAACGCAGCUCUCGUUUGAUAAGGCAGUGGUCGCUCCUGUGUGAAAUCAGAAGCACAUUCCUAUUAACAUGGGUCAGUAGAGGAGCCAUCAUUUCGGAACCCAACGUUUCAAACGCUAGCAAGGCUUUACAAUAUUUCUCACCUUGGGAUGACAUUUCUAAGGGGUCUUACUUGGGACAGCCAACAGUGUUUUUACCGCAGACAAGUGCGGAUGCAUUGGGCUCAUAAGGCUCCAUUAUUACAGAGAGAAGCUUUUUGCAUUGUUUUUGUCUUUACGUACUGAGCAUGGAGGAACUGGCCCGGGAGAGUAUUCGCAGCAUCAGUCUGCUAUCCAAACCUGCGCGGGGUUCGGACGUCCCGCGGCUGGGCUCAUUUGGGGCCAUUUUCAUCAUGCUUAAAUCUGCCCUCGGCGCGGGACUCCUUAACUUUCCAUGGGCUUUUGAAAAGGCCGGCGGCGUGAGCACAGCCAUCAGUGUGGAGAUGGUGUCUCUGGUAUUUCUGAUAAGUGGGUUGGUCAUUCUUGGCUAUGCCUCAUCAAUCAGUCGGCAGAACACGUAUCACGAUGUGGUGCGAGAUGUGUGCGGACAGAGGAUCGGCCAUCUGUGCGAGAUCUGCUUUGUUUUCAACCUCUUCAUGAUCUCUGUGGCCUUUUUGGUGGUGGUGCAGGAUCAGCUGGAUAAAUUGUGUCUGUCUCUGUAUGAGACGGUGACGGGAAACACAGAAGGAGAGAUGCCAUAUCAUUGGUACACAGAUCACCGUUUUGCACUCUUUCUCAUGUGCUUCAUCAUCAUCCUUCCACUCUCUAUUCCCAAAGAGAUCGGCAUCCAGAAAUACACCAGCGUAUUAGGAACUCUGGCUGCUACAUACCUGAGUGUAGCUGUAAUUGCAAAGUAUUAUUUAAAAGAUGAGGACACAGCAGACCUCACACCAGUGCAUAAUCAAGGAUUGGACUCAUUGGCCUCCAUGUUCAGUGUGGUUCCCACCAUCUGUUUUGGUUUCCAGUGUCAUGAAGCUAGUAUUGCAAUCUACAGCAGCAUGGAAAACAAAAGUAUUACACAUUGGGUUUUCAUCUCAGUCACAUCUAUGAUUUUCUGCCUGCUUAUUUAUACUCUCACGGGUGUGUUUGGUUUUCUUACAUUUGGGCGGGAAGUAGCCUCAGAUAUCCUGAUGUCAUAUCCUGGAAAUGAUGUAGUGAUGAUUAUUGCUAGGCUGCUGUUUGGGAUUUCGAUCAUCACCAUCUACCCUAUAAUUUUGCUUUUGGGAAGGUCAGUGAUUCUAACACAAAUGUUGCGCUUUUGGGAAAGACGGGCCAUAAUGACGUCUGUGUUUGAGAGUCGGUGCCGUCUGAUACUAACACUUCUCUGGAUCAUCGUGACUCUUCUCAUCGCCAUCUGUGUACCAGACAUGAGUGAGGUCAUCAGCGUAAUCGGGGGAAUUAGUGCCUUCUUUAUAUUUAUCUUUCCUGGACUGUGCCUUAUUUUUGCCAUGCAGACAGAACCUGUAAAUGCCAGGAUGAGAAUCUUCUCGACAGGUUGGGGUGUGGUGACUGUCAUUACUGGAGCUUUUAUAUUUGGCCAGAGCACAACUAUAGCAGUUAUGGAGUUGAUGCACAAGUUUUAAUCUUCUUAAUCAUCAUAAUUUGCAAUAUCAUUGCCUCAGAAAAAGGUCUAUACAUUUGAUUGAUGGACGAUAAACAUUAUGAUACUUCAAACUGAGAAUGAGUGGCAACUACAUACCUUUUGAAGAAAAUGUCUCCACAGUACUGUUGCUGAUCAGUUUUAUUUAUUUAUUAUUUUUUUGUGGCUAAGUCAUGAUUUUUGCUCAUAUAUACUGUAUUAUAUUGUGUAGGUUUGGACAGAAAUAAUUUUUUAAUGCUUUUUAUGGAAUGACUGUAAACUAUUUGGAUAAUAAUGGAGAGUAUGAAUGCAAAUGUUCAACACAGUAAUUCUUUAUAUUUGUAAUAACUUAUUAAAGUGAAUUAACCUUUUACCUAAAUGUGAGUGAAAUUGAAUAAACUAUGAAGAUAAAACACA